UCUGCCCCACUCCAAAAACAAGAAUGAUUAGCAUAGCAACUAAUUAACAAAUUAAAUUGAAUUGAAUCCAAUCAACGAGAGGAGUGGAGGAUAACUGUGUCAACUUUGUCUUUGUUGAGGGCUCCUUAAUAAAUUUCUGUUCUUUUUUUUCAUUCUUCAAAGAUUCCAUCCAUUUCAGGUCCACCACCAUUGCAAUAUCAUCUCCUUUUCUCUCUUUCUUCAUCGUCAUCAUCUUCUUCUUUCUUUUUUCUAUCUUUUAUGUAUACAAGUAUAUUUACUCUACUACUGUGGUAUUUUGUUUCCAUCAGAAUUCACAUUAUUAUUAUUAUUAUUAUUAUUAUUAUUAUUAUUAUAUUUUUACGAACUGUAAAUAUAUCUGUUUCUUUGUGGUGUUUUCUUAUAGAAAAAGAGAGAGAGAGAGAGAGAGAGAGAGAGAAACACAAACACAGAGAUAGAUGUUUUUCCCCUUUUCCUCUGUACUCUGAUGAAGAAAGUUGGAUGUUUUCAUUUCCAUUUCUAUUGAACAGAGAAAAUCUGAUCGGAGGUUGGGGAUUCCUUCUUCUGUUUUGUUGGUGCUGACGGUGGGUCUUUCUUCAUAAGCUUUGACUCUUUAAUCAAUCAGUUAUUGGGGGGCUUCUCUUUGAUCAGCAUAUAUUGUCGAUCUGUCAGGAAUUCAUCCAACUUCAUUUCUAAACGAACUGAUAUUGAGGCUAGUCUUAGAAUUAUCAUGACUGGUAUUGAUGAUAAUGUUGCUAUUAGUGGAGACUGGAUACCUCCUACCCCCAGCCCAAGAACAUUUUUCACAGCUAUUUUAGGUGAUGAUAUUGGCUCAAAACCGAUCUCUGAAACUCCUGUGGAAAAUAAAACUGAGGGAUUAUUUCUGGGAACUCAAGGAAUGAUAACGGCAGAGAAUAUUGAGAAAAAGGAUGUUCACCAUGGUUGUGAACUUUUGAUUGAAUCAGGAUCAAUUUUUGAGCGAAGAUCAAGUUCACGGGGAGGUCUAGUGGAAAGGAUGGCGGCCAGAGCUGGAUUUAAUGCUCCAAGAUUGAAUACUGAAAGCAUCAGGUCUGCUGACCUUUCACUUAACCCUGAAAUUCAUUCUCCUUACUUGACAAUACCUCCUGGUCUCAGCCCAACAACACUGCUAGAAUCUCCAGUUUUUGUUUCAAAUUCUUUGGAGUUCUGUUUCAUACAAAUUUCUCAAUUUGUAUCACCGCAGGCACAGCCAUCCCCGACUACUGGAAAAUUCCCUUUCAUUCCUAAUGGUAAUGGUAGGAGUUCUAUCUCAGAGUCCCUUGAUAAAAGUAAAGAUAACUAUUUUGAGGACAUCAAUGCAUCCCCAUUUGCAUUCAAGCCUGUUGCAGAGUCAAAUUCCUCUUUUCUCCUUGGUGCAAUGAGCAAAAUUACUCCAGCCAGUCUUCCUCAGCUGUCUUUACCAAAUAUUGAGGUUUCACUUCAGUCUGAGAAUUCUCUUCUGUCUAAAAAUGUAGACCCAGGUAAAGUCCACUCUCAAAACAGCAACAUGCUCAGCCUUCAGGCAGAUUUUUCUAGAUCAUCAACUGAAAAGGAUAUUGGGAGUAACAACUCUGCUGAUCAAAGGGCCUUUGAUACUGUUGGUUUGAGUGCUGAACAUUCACCGCCUCUUGAUGAGCCACAGGAUGAAGAAGGAAAUCAAAGAGUUAUUGGAGAUUGCAUGGCUGGUGAUGUUGGUGGUCCGCCAUCUGAGGAUGGAUAUAAUUGGAGAAAAUAUGGACAAAAACAAGUAAAAGGCAGUGAGUAUCCUCGUAGUUAUUACAAGUGCACACAUCCAACUUGUCAGGUUAAGAAGAAAGUGGAACGUUCUCAUGAAGGUCACAUAACGGAGAUCAUAUACAAGGGAGCUCACAACCAUCCCAUUCCCCCGUCCAAUCGCCGAUCUGUGAUUGGAUCAUCCAAUCCUCUAAUCGACAUACAACUAGAAAUCCCUGGACAAAAUGGCCCUCAAAAUGUUACUUGUGGUGAUCCUGUUUGGGCAACUGCACAGAAGGGAACAGUUGCUGCUGCUCAUAAUUGGAGGCAUGACAACAUUGAGGUGACGUCAUCUGCAACUGUGGGUCCCGAAUAUGGCAAUGGGCAGGCCCCGAAUAAUACUCACUUUGAAUCAGGUGAUGCAGUAGACGCCUCAUCGACCUUCUCUAAUGACGAAGAUGAAGAUGAUGGGGGGACACAUGGCAGUGUCUCAUUAGGUUAUGAUGGUGAAGGAGAUGAAUCUGAGUCAAAGAGAAGGAAAAUUGAAGCUUAUGCAACAGAAAUGAGUGGAGCCACACGAGCUAUUCGUGAGCCUAGGGUUGUGGUCCAGACAACCAGUGAGGUGGAUAUCCUAGAUGAUGGAUAUCGGUGGCGCAAGUAUGGCCAGAAAGUAGUGAAAGGAAAUCCGAAUCCAAGGAGUUACUACAAAUGCACCAGUGCUGGCUGCACAGUGAGGAAGCAUGUAGAGAGGGCAUCACAUGACCUUAAGUCAGUAAUUACUACCUAUGAAGGAAAGCACAAUCAUGAUGUUCCUGCUGCUCGUAGUAGCAGUCAUGUCAAUUCUGCUACCUCUAGCACAGUAAAUGCCCAGGCUGCUUCCUCUGUCCAAACUCAUGCCCACAGGCCAGAGCCAUCACAACUUCACAACACCAUGGUUAGACCUGCAUCAUUCGGUCCAUUUACUCUGCCUGGAAGGCAGCAGCUGGGGCCUUCUCCUGGCUUCUCCUUAGGAAUGAAUCAACCAGAACUGGAAAUUUUGGCAAUGGCUGGGUUGGGCCCUGUUCAAGCGAAGCUGCCAGUUCUGCCUGUUCAUCCACUUAUGCCUCAAAAACGCCAGAUCAAUGAAAUGCGUUUCAUGUUGCCGAAAGGAGAACCAAAGAUGGAGCCAAUGGCUGAACCUGGUUUGAAUCUAUCCAACAACACACCAUUAUACCAGCAAAUUAUGAGUAGGCUGCCUCUAGGACCGUAGAUGUAAAUUUUCCAUUUUUUCCUAAAAAAUUUCUUUUUCAGUUUUUCUGAGAAAGCAUUAUGUUUCCAAUAUAUAAAUGAGCAUUUCAUCAGUUCUUGGUC